CCGGCUGCCCGCCCGGGGCGGCGGGAGGGCGUUGGUGCGCGGCGCCGGGCGCCAGCAGCGGCGGCUGGGGCCGAGGCGCCUCCUCGCGGUGGCAGAACCCACCCCCUCACCCCCCCCCCCCCCCCCGCCGGCGCCGCAGCACCCUCCCCGCGGCGGCCGUUUGGGCCGGUCCGCCCCGAACCCGGAAGCGGGCGGCGGUUGGUGUCGGUGCGCGGGGCCGGGCGCGGGAUGCGAGGCGCCGCCGCCGCCCUGCCCCCCUGCCCGCUCGCAGCCAGCGCCCGAGGAGGAGGAGGAGCAGCACCAGCAGCAGCAGCAGCAGCGGGAGGAGCGGCAGCAGUAGUAGGAACCGCCGCUGCGAUAGCAUGAGCGGGGCCGCGGCUAAGCAGUCCCCCGGCGCGGGGUCCGCCACGGAUCCCGCCGCCGCGGAGAAGGCGGCGGCGGCUGGGGACUCGGUGCCGGAGCCGCCGCCGCCGCUGCUGAGCGUGGACGUGACGGGUUUGGUGUCGCAGUUUGCGAGGAGCUUCGUGCUGAUCUUUCCCGUGUAUGUGUUGGGCUACCUGGGGCUGAGCUUCAGCUGGGUCCUCAUCGCCCUGUGCGGGCUCUUCUGGAUCCGCAGGCACCGCGGCGGCAAGACCUCCCGCCUGGGCCGGGCGCUCGCCUUCCUGGAGGACGAGGAGGAGGCGGUGCGGCUCAGCGUCUCCUCCGCAGAUCUGCCUGCGUGGGUCCAUUUUCCAGACACAGAGAGGGCAGAAUGGCUCAACAAGACUGUAAAACAGAUGUGGCCUUUUAUUUGCCAAUUUAUUGAGAAACUCUUCCGGGAGACCAUAGAACCAGCAGUAAGAGGAGCAAACAACCACCUCAGUACCUUCAGUUUUACAAAAAUUGAUAUCGGUCAUCAGCCUCUGCGGAUAAAUGGUGUAAAAGUGUACACUGAAAAUGUGGACAAAAGGCAGAUAAUUUUGGAUCUUCAAAUCAGUUUUGUUGGAAACUGUGAAAUUGAUUUGGAGAUCAAGAGAUACUUCUGCAGAGCUGGUGUGAAAAGUAUACAGAUCCAUGGCACUAUGAGGGUUAUCCUGGAACCACUAAUUGGAGACAUGCCCCUAAUUGGAGCACUGUCUCUUUUUUUCCUUAGGAAACCUCUCUUGGAAAUUAACUGGACUGGACUGACCAAUCUUCUGGAUGUUCCAGGACUGAACGGCUUAUCAGAUACAAUAAUAUUGGAUAUAAUAUCCAACUACCUGGUCCUUCCAAAUAGAAUUACAGUCCCCCUUGUCAGUGAAGUGCAGAUUGCUCAGUUGCGGUUUCCUAUACCAAAGGGUGUUCUGAGGAUACACUUUAUUGAAGCUCAGGACCUGGAGGGGAAAGAUACUUACCUAAAAGGGAUUGUCAAAGGGAAGUCAGAUCCUUAUGGAAUCAUCCGUGUGGGCAACCAGAUCUUCCAAAGCAAGGUCAUCAAAGAAAAUCUCAAUCCAAAAUGGAAUGAAGUUUAUGAGGCCUUAGUAUAUGAACAUCCAGGACAGGAGUUAGAGAUUGAGCUCUUUGAUGAAGAUCCAGAUAAAGAUGACUUCCUGGGAAGUUUGAUGAUAGAUUUAAUUGAAGUUGAAAAGGAGCGUCUUCUAGAUGAGUGGUUUACUUUGGAUGAAGUGUCCAAAGGAAAAUUGCAUUUAAAACUGGAAUGGCUCACAUUGAUGCCAACUGCUGAAAAUCUAGAUAAGGUGCUAACAAGCAUUAGAGCUGAUAAGGACCAAGCCAAUGAUGGGCUUUCUUCUGCAUUGCUUAUUCUCUAUUUGGACUCGGCAAGAAACCUGCCCAGUAUCUACGAGGGAAACUUUGGGUGUGGAUACUUAAAAGAGAGGAGAGCAUCGGGACUAGUCUUUUGUGAAAACACUACCUCACUCUAUAGAGCACUAUUUCAUAAUCCAUUAGAAUUUAAUCCUGAUGGCUUGAAGAAGGCUGCUGUUCAGAAAGCCCUAAAGUCAGGAAAGAAAAUAAACAGCAAUCCCAACCCACUUGUUUUGCUGUCAGUUGGACACAAGGCACAGGAAAGUAAGAUUCGAUACAAGACCAAUGAACCAGUAUGGGAGGAAAACUUUACUUUCUUUGUACACAAUCCCAAAAGACAAGAACUUGAAGUUGAGGUGAGGGAUGAACAGCACCAGUGUUCUUUGGGAAACUUCAAACUGCCUCUAAGCCAGUUGCUAGAGAGUGAAGAUUUAACUAUGCAUCAGCGAUUCCACCUGAACAACUCUGGUCCAAACAGCACUAUAAACAUGAAGAUUGCACUCAGGGUCCUUUCUCUUGAAAAGCAGGCAAGAUCUCCAGAUCAUCAACAUUCAGCCCAAGUAAAAAGGCCAUCUCUUUCCAAAGAUGCAAGAAAAUCAUCUUUUAAGCCUCAGGUUCCUGUCUCACCACCACCUGAUUCAAACAAACCUGUUCCAGCUUCCCCAGUGACUGACAGUGAUAAAAAGACUGAUACAGCUGAAAAAAGUCAGCCUUCUAAUGCCAGCCCUCAGUGGCCAACAGAUCUCAGCCGAAGUUCCUCCAGUCUUCAUGCCUCUAACUUCUCUUACUCUCCCAGCCACCUCUCGGUCAAAGAACCCACUCCUAGCAUAGCCUCAGACAUAUCUCUGCCUAUUGCCACGCAGGAGCUACGGCAAAGACUGCGACAGCUUGAAAAUGGAACAACUCUGGGGCAGUCUCCAUUAGGACAGAUUCAGCUAACAAUUCGUCAUAGUUCACAAAGAAACAAACUGAUUGUGGUAGUGCAUUCCUGCAGAAAUCUAAUAGCGUUUUCAGAAGAAGGAUCCGAUCCAUAUGUGCGAAUGUAUUUAUUGCCUGAUAAGAGACGAUCAGGAAGAAGAAAAACACAUGUAUCAAAGAAGACAUUAAACCCAGUGUUUGAUCAAAUAUUUGAUUUCAGUGUUUCCCUGCCGGAAGUACAGAGAAGAACACUAGACGUAGCAGUGAAGAACAGCGGUGGUUUCUUGUCCAAAGAUAAAGGGCUGCUUGGCAAAUUAUUAAUACCUCUGGCGUCGGAAGAACUUGCUAAGGGCUGGACCCAGUGGUAUGAUUUAACAGAAGAUGGUACAAGGCCGCAUGGUGCAAGUUAGGCCCAUGGAUACUGGGAAUUCCCCACGCAUAAUUUUGCCAACCUUUAUAUAUUUUUAAAGCGUUGUUCUCACAGAUGUACCAAUAUUAUUUUUAUAGCUUUACCGAUUUAGUUCAUAGACACAUACCCAAUAAUUUUAUAACACUUGGUCAUUUUAUGUAGACAUAGCCUUUCUCAUUGUUAAACUUUGUAUUUUAAUUUGCUGAACAAUUUUAAGUGUUACUGUAAUGUGCAAUAGUACAGUAAGGUAGCCUUUUGUGUUUAAAUUGAUCUUUAUGAUGGCUGUACCUAUUAGAAAGUGAAAAGAUUAUGUUCUGCUGUUUUCCUGCCUUGUUUUAUAUCUCACGAAGGUAUACUGUACCAUGUAAAUAUAUACUAUUUUUUUAUAAUUCUUUCAUGCUGGUUUGAAUUCAGAAGAAAAUUAGAUAAAGGGUAUAGAUAUUUUCUUCUAAAUGCAUGUUAAUUUCUUCAGAUGAAUCUCUCUUGUCUUUGCAGCACAAUGGUCUUACUCAUUUUGUGAUAUUCUUCAAAAACAAACUGCAGAAAAACAUUUUUACUUUACUGUGUUUCUGGCCCAGUGUGGCUAGCUUAAAAUGUACAAAACAUUAACAUUUUAAUAUUUAUAUAUAAAUGUAUUAUUGGAAAAUCAGCUAUAGAAUAUUAUAAAUAAAAAUGAGAGUUCUAUAAAUACUGUAUAAAUAGAGGAUGACGUCCAUGAAUCACAGUUUCUAAAUCUGAGUUUUCAUUUAAUGGAGUAAACAUAACAAACAGUACAGUUUUAUUAUACAGGUUCACUUGGAUUUUGUUAUUUAUUCCUGUCAUCUAUAGUACUAGACAUGUGACCUUUUGAAGGUAUGAGGACAUGGAUUUUUCUGUAUUAUAAACAAAAUCUCUAACCACUUAGAACUGUCCUUACUGCCAUGUUCCACUGAUUUAUAAGGUAUACAAAUCAGCUUGCAGUGUAAGUUCAUAUAGUAGGCAUACGUACAAGACAUAUGUUAUUUUUAUUAUACAAUACUGUGCUAAAUAGUAUAUUGUGCUAUACCUUCUGUAAUACUAAAAUGGAACACCAAUAGGUAAGAAAGUGUGAAAUUGAGUUGAAACUGACUUGUCUUUACAGUUUCUUCAUUGCUACUUAGUGUGUUUGGUGCAUGAAAAAAAUGCACUUCAGUGGUCCACACAGGUUUCUUGAGAAAUAAUGGCAUUCUACUGAAGCAUUGCCAUAGUCUGCUGCAAGACUACAGCAGUGAUACAAUUAGCACAAACUGAUAAAAGUAGACAGUUGAGAGUUGAAGGGAGAGUAUCAGCCUGAAUAGCUGAGCUCAUAACUCUGAUUUUAUGAAUUAUGAGGAAUUUUUUUUGUAUUCAGAACUGAUUUUUCUUUUUCUGGUAAGUUUUCUCAGACUGUUAUAAAAAUGUGCAUUAAGAAUCCAAGAGAACAGUUCAGCUCUUUCAGAGCCAACACCCUCAUUCUUGGAUAAGUAUGCAAUUAGACAGACAAAGUAUAUUACUUAGCUAAGAUUCUAGAAUGAUCUCUCAGCCAAGAAAGAAUUUUAAAGCAGAAUAUAAACUCCUGAAAUUAGCUUUAUUGUAAGAUUACUGACAGAACCUUAAUUCUGGAUGUAGAAUAUGCCUACAUUACUAGAUGUACCAAAGUGCCUACCAUAGAUGUAGCUUUUUGUCUUUUUCAAGUUUAAAAAUUGACUCAUUUCAGUUUGUCUAAAUUCAGUUUAACAUGAACUUUUGUCACGGAUGUCUGUGACACACAUGCAUACACCUCUAUACAGUGAUGGCCUUCUUAUUGCCACAUUUUAUACAAGACAAUUUUAGCAAACAAGCUUACACUGUAAAUAUUGCUGCUGUUACUUUCUGAUGGACUGGGCAAUAGAGAGCGGUUCUUUGUAAGAAAACAUUUCCAUUCGAAGGCUUCACUCUAUAUUGGAAUGUAUGAGUAUCUCUCUAUAUAUACACUCAUCUAUUCAUAUAAAAUGUAAUAUAUUAUGAAGUACGUAUUUUCUUUGUUAGGUCUCCGUUAAAAUGUUAAGAAUGGAAAGACAGAAUUAUUGUUAAUGCAAUGAAAAUGCAGAAAGUGAAAUCUGAUCUAAAUAAAGGAGGUCUAAGAGCAGUAGUUCAGCAUGAUUGUCUUUUGACUUGGUUCAGCCUGAGGUGGAAAGACUUUAGCUGUACAUCUUGGCCAGUGACUCCCCAGAGUUUGAUCCAUAGCCAACAAAUGGGCUGUUAAACUGAUUUGGUGCUUCAGGUCUUAAGUGAAGUCUGGGGACAGAUGUUAGAAGACUCUGCACUUAAACAAAAAAAAGUGCACAUUCUGUCUUCUAAAGUCUCAAUGGGGAAAAUAAUGCUGUGUUUCGGUAAAUGUGAGAUGAUAGCACAAAGUGAGUAACUGAAUGAAGUAUAUAGGACAGCUUUCCAAAAUGGCUCACAACCUAAAAUUAGGGAUAGGUUCUUAAAAGAACCCAGUUCCCAUUUAGGAAUCUAAAAUGAAGAGAUUGAAUUGUCAUUGUAAUUCAGCAGCAGUAAUUCCCAUUGACUGUAAUCAGUCCUGGAUGUCAACAUUUAGAAAUGUUCUCCUGAGUGAAUUUGGAUCAGAAUAUGACUGCCUAGAUGAGAUUGAUUCUUUUGAUAAUGGAAACAAACCUCUGUAUCAUAGUUACCAAAUUCUGAUUGUUCCGUUUAUGUGGAAGGAGGAAGGACAAACAUUAUUUUUCCUCUGGGCAAAAAUUGCACUUCAUUAUCAAGUCAAUGUAUUCAGUAUCAACUGAUAGCUUUUCAUGUAGUUCUUGUUUAUCCUGUGCCUUAAAAUAUGAACAUAUGAAGAUGUUUAAGAAAUGGCUAAAAAUACGCUUUGUUACCUGUAUGUACCAACACAUGUUCUCUACUGUUGAAACUGUUUUUAGAAUUAUUCUGCUUCACUGACAAGAAAACCAGCUUUCUUAAUUAUAGCAGUGGUAUAACCCAAACUCAAAUCAGCAUGCAUAUCGCUUGGAUUUGGAUUAAAAGAGUUCUAAUUUUCUGUCUUGAAUCCUUUAUCAGAGCUGCAGCAAAUGAUGAGAGUUGAAAUGAGAACAAAGGGUAAUCAAUUUUGUACAGAUUGCCUUUUUUGCUCAUGUAAUUCUACAUUAUGAUGCAUGUAUUUAUUCAAUAAAUGGUUCGUAUUGAA